ACUGCAGUUUCAAACAUCUCACUGCCAGCGCCAGUCACAACCGAUUGAGCAACGAGAAUGAAUUGUAACUUUUUGACGUGAAGAAUUGGUUCAAAAUUUCAUUAUUGUGCGUCUGGAAAGCACCGUCUUCUUAUCUUUAAACUAAGUGAGAUAAAGUAAAGCAAAUAAAUAUCACAGAGGCAGGUUUCGUGCUCAGUUAUCGUCCCACCUCAACCAAGAUGGUCCUUCCUGCACUGCUGUUCAUCGUAGCCGGUUUGCUGCUGUACGUGUACUACCGGUACCGCAAGCAGCGUUCCUUCUGGGCUGACCGAGGAGUUCCACACGUUCCGGCCAACUUCCGAAGGAAUCUGGAUCCGGCUCCGAUGCACAUGGCCCGUCGGUUUCAAGGUUACUACCAGCAAUUUAAGGGACAGUAUCCGUUCUGCGGGAUUUACUUCUUCACGAAGCCGGUGGCGCUGGCGAUCGAUUUGGAGCUGCUGAAGUGCAUCUUUGUGAAGGAUUUUCAGUACUUUCACGAUCGUGGCACGUACUACAACGAGCGGGAUGACCCGUUGUCGGCGCAUUUGUUCAACCUGGAGGGGACAAAGUGGAAAAACCUGAGGACGAAGAUUUCGCCGACUUUUACCUCGGGGAAGAUGAAAAUGAUGUACCCGACGAUGAUAGCCGCUGGGAAGCAGUUCAGUGAGUACAUGGACGAGAAGGUCAGCCAGGAGAAUGAGUUCGAGCUGAAGGAUUUGCUGGCGAGGUUCACGACGGAUGUGAUUGGGAUGUGCGCGUUUGGGAUUGAGUGCAACUCGAUGAAGGAUCCGGAUGCGCAGUUUAGGGUUAUGGGCAGGAAGCACUUUGAUACGCCUAGGGUGCGGUGGAGGGAUUCGCUGUGUGCUGUUGCUCCCAAGUUGGCGAGGUUCUUGGGAAUGCGCCAGAUCGUGCCGGAGCUGUCGGAUUUCUUCAUCGGGAUCGUACGGGAAACGAUCGACUACCGGGUGAAGAACAAUGUAAGGAGGAACGACUUUAUGGAUCUGUUGAUUGCGAUGAUGCAGGGUGAGAACAGCGAGUUGGGACCGCUGACGUUCAACGAGAUUGCGGCGCAGGCGUUUGUGUUCUUCAUUGCUGGCUUUGAGACGUCUUCUACCACGAUGACUUGGGCGCUUUAUGAGCUGUCGGUGAAUCAGGAGGUUCAGGAACGUGCGAGGAAGUGCGUUCAGGACGUUCUGCAGAAGCACAACGGAGAGAUGAGUUACGAUGCGGUUAUGGAGAUGGCGUACAUCGAUCAGAUCUUGCAGGAAACCCUCCGCAAAUACCCCCCCGUCCCGGUUCACUUCCGCGUGGUCAGCAAAGACUACCAAGUCCCAGACACCAACACCAUCCUGCCCGCCGGAACAUCCCUCAUGAUCCCAGUGUACGCCGUUCACCACGAUCCGGAGAUCUUCCCCGAGCCAGAACGGUUCGAUCCGGAUCGUUUCACGCCGGAGGAGAUCGCCAAACGUCAUCCGUACGCGUGGACGCCGUUCGGCGAGGGUCCUCGAAUCUGCAUCGGAAUGCGAUUCGGCAUGAUGCAGGCCCGCAUUGGACUGGCGCUGCUGCUGAAGAGCUUCCGGUUCUCCACCGGGCAAAAGUCGACCGUUCCGCUGGACUUUACGGCGAAGAGUUUCAUUUUGUCACCGGAAGAGGGACUGUGGUUGAAGGUCGAUAAGGUUUGCGCAAGCUCGUAUAAGGUGUACGUCAACGCUGACGACGAAGUCUCGAACCCGGCAGUGAAGAAUAUGAACGCCUGCGCUGCGAUCUCACUGAAGCUCAGCUGUCCGAUAUCUCCACCGUCAGCCUCCAGCCGUCCAGUGUUCUUCAGCUUGAUCAACAGCGGAUCGUCCCGCUCAUUAAAGUACACCCCACGGUUCGGAAAGUACCCAAAAUCCUUCACCAGCAGCGUCUUAAUCAGCUUCACGUCCAAAAUGUACAGCAGCGGUGAACUCAACAUGAACACACCCCCGUACGGAACGCCCUUCGUCUUGAACAAACUUCCGAGCACCAAAAACCGGUUUCGUUCAGUCAACCACCCUCGCUUUCAAAAAAAAAAAGGUGACGAAAAUUUACAGCCAUUCAAUGAUUGUUCAAAAACGCACAAAAUUGACUCGUUCUUGGGCAACACCGCGAGAACAUUUCUUAUCAGCGCAGGGUAUCCCUCGUGGAACAGUUAUCAGCCCGGCAAGAUAAACCACAAAAAUCAUUCAAAUAGCAUUCACCGUGGCCUCCAACUAUCAGUCGUUUGCAAGUGCUCGCAGUGUUUGGACAAGAUGUUAUUCUACCUGGCGUUGGUGGCCGUCUCGCUGACCUUCUUCUGGGUCGGUCGGCGGUUCUCGUACUGGAAGCAGCUCGGAGUUCCGUACGUGGAGGCUAGCUUUCCGUUCGGGAAUCUGAAGGGGAUGAACAAGCGUCAUCUGGGGUAUAUCGCGCAGGAUUUGUACGUGAAGCUGAAGAGUACUGGGAAAAAGUUUGGCGGGGCGUUCUUUUUUGUGAGUCCGACGGCGUUGAUAUUGGAUCUGGACUUUGCAAAGGACGUUUUUGUGAAGGACUUUCAGUACUUCCACGAUCGUGGGGUGUACUGCAACGAGAAGGCGGAUCCCAUUACGGCACACUUGGUGACGAUGUCCGGCACGAAGUGGAAGAAUCUGCGGACGAAGCUGACGCCGACGUUCACAUCGGGGAAGAUGAAGAUGAUGUUCCCGACGAUUGUUGGAGUGGCGGAGGAGUUCCGGAAGGGAUUGCUGGUGGAGGCUGAGGCGGGUGGUGAGGUUGAGAUGAAGGAGUUUUUGGCGCGGUUUACCACGGAUGUCAUUGGGACGUGUGCCUUUGGGUUGGAGUGUAACAGCUUGAAGGAUCCGGAUGCGGAGUUCAGGAGGAUGGGCAAGAAGGCACUGACGCUUUCGACGAUGGAUUUUCUGCGCCGGAUUCUGACCGUUACGUUCAAGGAUGUUGCCAUGAAGUUCAACGUUAGACUUUCGAAUCCAGAUGUGGCAAACUUUUUCAUGAAUGCCGUGCGGGAAACCGUGGAUUAUCGUGAGAAGAAUAAGAUCCAGAGAAAUGACUUCAUGGACUUGCUGAUUCGGAUGAAGAACGCUGAACCGAUUGAGGGUGGUGAUCCGAAUCAAGUCGGACAGUUGACCAUCGAAGAAAUCGCAGCACAAUCGUUUGUGUUCUUCUUGGCUGGAUUCGAGACGUCAUCAACAGCUAUGACCUUCUGCCUGUACGAGCUGGCUCAGAAUCAAGAGCUGCAGGACAAGGCUAGAAAGAACGUGCUGGAUGUUCUCAAAGAGCAUGGAUCAAUCAGCUACGAAGCUGUUCACGACAUGAAGUACAUCGAGAUGUGUAUCAAUGAAUCCCUUCGAAAGUACCCCCCAAUCGCCAAUAUUCUCCGCGAGGUCACCAAAGACUACCACGUGCCGGACAUGAACGUCACCCUCCCCAAAGGACACCGCAUCAUGCUCCCCAUCUACGCAAUCCACCACGAUCCGGAGUACUACCCCGCCCCAGACCAAUACGACCCGGAACGGUUCACGCCGGCAGCGGUCGCCGCCCGUCACCAGAUGGCGUUUGUGCCGUUCGGGGAAGGACCGCGGGUUUGCAUCGGCCAGCGGUUCGGGAUGAUGCAGGCUCGCGUUGGCUUGGCCUAUCUGCUGAAGAACUUCCGCUUCCGGUUGUCGUCGAAGACCGCGGUUCCGUUGAAGAUUUUGGCUAGCAGUACCGUACUGGCGACUGAGGGGGGACUGUGGCUGAACAUUGAGAAGUUGUGAGUGAAUGAGGGGGAGAGUGAAUAUUUGAAGUGAACAAAAGAGCGAAUGAAUGCGAGAGAGAAAAGUAAGCUUUUGGAAGUACUAGAACGUAGGUACUGCGAGAAAGCUAAUGGUCAAUCUAGUACGUUAGCUUAAAGAGAAAAGCUCGUUGUUUGGUAACAAUUGCAAUGCUUUAAAAAAUAUAAUCGUCGUAAAUAAACUUGAAGAUUAUUUUUGAAA